UGUAAGCAGGUGCACGUGAGGAGACCGUCUGCUAGACGGAUUAGUGGCUAGGUGUACGAGUUUCCUCGUGGCCGUUCCCCGGGUAGUUUUGAAAGAUUUUUAUUUUAACAUUAAAAUCACAUUUAGUUCCGCAUGAUUAUGUUCCAUAGACCAAACGAUUACCGGACGUUAUAAUGUUCACUGUAUUUCGCAUGUUACUCAUGCUGAUCCACCUUUCAUGUGACUUAUUUGCCGCGUUUUAUAAUUAUUGUAUGAUCCUUCAUCGUAAGUGCAUCGAUAUUUGGUAUAAUGAUAAUUUAAGGACAGAGACUGACAUGUUAACGCGUGUUGCGAAGAAAAUGAAAAAUCUACCGAGGCACGUAGUGAUCAUUUUCGGCGCGAAGGAGGACACUAUCUGUGACUGCGUGCGAAUUAUUGGAUGGUGUAUUACCCUUGGUAUACCUUACAUCAGUUUCUUUGACAUCAGUGGUUUUUUAGUCCAAAAUGAGAAUUUAUUAAAAUACGAACUCGCAAAAAGACGGCCUGAUUUAGUGGAGCAUAUCAAUUGGAGUAAACCAAAUGCAGGGUUCACACAAAAUGGAAUAACUGUUUCCAAGCUGAAAACGCGAAUAUCUUUGUUGUGUCCAUUAGAUGGGAAACAGGAAAUAGUAUCGUUAACAAAGACAUUAGCUGAAGCUGUCGUCACUGGAACGAUUAAGCCAGAAGAAAUAAAUAUCGAUUUACUUAAUGAAAAAUUAAAUUCACGGAGAAUCCCAGACCCUGACAUGGGAGUAAUUUAUGGCCGCUUUUGUUCCACGUAUGGUGUUUUGCCAUGGCAAACACGAAUAACAGAAUUCUACACGUUACCUUUACACAAUACUUUAUCUGCGAAGGAUUUCACGUAUCUGUUGGAAAAGUACAGUAAAUGUGAGCAACGAUACGGCAAAUAACUGGAAUUGUUGUUGUUCAUUUGUAUAAUGUUUUUGUAUCCAAAAAUAAGAAGAAGAAAAUGUGAAACAAGAAAUAGCUCUUAAGGAGAUUUUUUACAAAGACUGAACAUAAAAUAAUUUACAGAUACUAUUUUAUAAGUGGUUGCGUGCUAAAUAAACUUAUAAUGGCCACAUGUGUGACAUAAAUGUCGUUCCGUGAGCCGAUUUUAACGUGUACCAAUAAAGAAGAAUUUAGGUAGCUUAACUUGAAGAGAUUCUCAUGAAUGUAAAGAGAAGAUUCCACAGAAUGUUGCAAAAAUGAAAGAUUUCAAUUGUAUUUUUAAUUAUGCGAAAUACAAUAAUUGUCCUGCCAUAAGAUAAUAUUAUAAA